CACGACAUAGAAUAAAAUUUAUUUAGACCAAUUAUUGUUUUGCGUGGUUAUUUAUAAACGCACGAAAAAACAUUCGUGAAGUCAAAUCAGCUCAUAACAUACUUCUCAUUAGUUUAGAGACUUUCGUCUUUAGCAGUUGGGUACCGGGAAAAUUGUUGAGUUUUGAGAAAAAAUUGUGUAGAACAUUGAGUUAUCAACAUCUUUGGUGAAUUUGUGGAAUAUUACGGUAGCAAUGGGUAAGGAGUUCAAAGUUCCAAUUGUGUGGAUCCUUGGGGGUCCAGGAUCCGGCAAAGGCACCCAAUGUGAUAAGAUUGUGGCAAAGUAUGGCUUUAGUCACUUCAGUACGGGAGAUCUCUUGCGCGAAGAAGUGGCCUCUGGGUCAGAUCUUGGGAAGGAAUUAGCAGCAUUGAUGUCUCGUGGAGACUUGGUGCAGAAUGAGCAUGUUCUGGCUUUGCUAGAAAAGGCCAUGAGCAAGGUUGCAGGGUCAACGGUUGGCUAUCUGAUUGAUGGGUAUCCCAGAGAAAAGUCUCAGGGCGCCGCUUUUGAACAGACUAUCGGUCCAGUCGAUCUCAUUCUAUAUUUAGAAUGCGCUGAGGAGACAAUGGUACAACGAAUUCUAUUUCGUGCCUCCCAAAGUGCUCAAGUUCGAGCAGAUGACAACGAAGCCACAAUUAAAAAUCGUAUUCAUAUUUUUCACACAAACACCGAAGAAAUUCUCUCACAGUAUGGUGAUAAAGUUAAACGGGUUCCCGCUGAUCGUUCUAUCGAUGAGAUUUUCAGCGAUGUUACUAAAUAUUUAGAUGAAUUGUUGGCCUCAAAGAAAUAAUAGAUGUUCGCUUCUCAACUGUUUACUCUCUCACGCAAAAGCAAAAAUGACUUCAUGAUGUACAAUUAAAAUGUUCAACUAAAUUCAA